AUGCGAAGAUUCUCACGACGUUGGUUUCUCUGGAUGAAGGCUGUAAUAUGGCGUGGCCUCAUGGCCAUUGGGAUGAAAUUCCACCAUCUCGCCGAUCCCAAACCGCCGUCUCCCAACUUCAAGAUCCUCAUCCCUUCCAGGCUGUCUGCAGCCGGAGGACAAUUCAAGCUUAUCUUUUACGUCCCUGAGUCGUAUUAUACGGAUACAGACGAAGAUUAUCGGUACCCAAUAGUGGUGAAUUUCCAUGGAGGUGGAUUUACUCUCGGCACAGGCACUGAUGAUGCACGAUGGGCGGCGGCAGUAUUGAAAAAUGUCGAGGCCAUAUUUGUAUCUGUCGAAUACAGACUGGCUCCAGAGUUUCCUUUCAGCAUUGGUGUUGAGGAUGGAACAGACGCCCUUAUUUACCUCGCAUCUCAUGCGGAAGAGCUACGAAUCGAUCCUCACCGUAUGGCACUUUCUGGCUUCUCAGCUGGCGGGAAUUUCGCAUUUACAGUCCCCCUCAUGCUUCGGGACCUCAAGAACGACACUGGUCGACGAAGUCUCCAUGAUACAGUUAACACACACCCUCUUCACAACUACAAAUCAUCGUCGAACCUAUCCCUACCUCGCCCUGCUCUCACCAGAACAACUUCCGCAGCGACAUCCACCCACUCAGUCUUGAAGCUUUCAGACCUAGAGCCCACUGCUCUCGAAGUAGAUCAGAAGAUCCCCGACCUGACUCUCCGCGCCAUUGUCUCUUUCUACCCUCCAACCGACUUUCGUUCUACUCGCGCCGAGAAACGAUCCACGAAUCCAGCGCCAGAGAAGAACCUCCCACCAUUCCUCACAAACUUGUUCGAUGAGUCCUACAUGCCAGGCUCCGACAUUGAUUUCGCAGAUCCAUAUCUAUCCCCAGCAGCAGCGAUAGAUGCCGACCUCGCAGCGGCAUAUCCUGAAGAUAUCGUUCUAUAUACUUGCGAAUACGAUAUGUUGAAUGUUGAAGGGACAGCAUUUGGUGCCCGACUCGCCAGUGAACCUAUUCAAAAGACUCUCCAUGGUGGACUUAUACGAGCUGUGCCACAUGCUUUUGACAAGAAGCCAAAUCCGUUACACUUCCCGGAAGCUGCAAAUAAAUGCUAUAACGAAGCUUGUGCACAUUUGAAACGUGUGUUUGGUGGCAGAGUGUCUAUUGAGGAGAGGACUCAGUUGGAUGAGGUGGAGGUAGUUGAGAGAUUUGACGAGGAAGAGGCUGAAGCUGGAAGAAGGCUCGCUAAAGGCAAGGAGAGACAGAGAGAGGAAGAUACUGAUGGACUUCUGAAAGGUCCUGAUAUUUAUGACCCAGGAUUCAAGAAGUACUUGGAUGUCCCGAAAAGGUAG